AUGCUCCGCGGCCAGACCCUCCCCUGGAGAGCUGCGCUCCACCAAACACCUCGCCCUUUACUGCGCCGGCCAUUUCUAGCUUCGCCGAGGAAUAAUGCGAUCAUCCGGUCAGCAUUAAGUGUGGCCCGAGUCGGUCGCGUGCUUCCCUCCGCUCCCCGCACGUUCUCCUCAAGCUCCAUCCAACGGAAAGAGAAACCCCCACCGGAGGACCCAAAGGAGGAGUCGGAACAGAAGGAUGAAGGGACACAACAGGAUGACAAGGAAGCGGAGCGAACCCCUGAAUUCCGGAGGAAGCCAUCCGACUCUGGAAAGAAUGCGGAACAGACGGGCCCCACGCGGCGAAAGGACCGGUCGUCCGGUGAGAAGGAACAACGAGCUUUAGAGGAUGACGCCAAGAAGGAAGCCAAGGAAGCAGAAGGAAAGAAUGAUUCGGUCCAGCCAUCGCCCGUCCCGCCUAGUAGUGGCUCGGCCGACUCGAAGCCCAGUGCGGGAAGCAGUGGUGGGAAUGGCGGUAAUGACGACAGCGGAAAGAAGGGAAAGAAGGGAUCUGGAGAGAAGGCCCUCCAAAAACCAGCCGUCCCAGAUGUAUACCCCCAGGUGAUGGCAAUCCCCAUUGCGAAGCGUCCGCUGUUCCCCGGAUUCUACAAAGCGAUCACAAUCCGAGACCCGAACGUUGCCCUUGCGAUUCAGGACAUGAUGAAGCGAGGUCAGCCGUAUGUGGGUGCAUUUUUGUUUAAGGACGAUAAUGCCGACGGCGACUUGAUCGAAAAUCUGGAUGACGUCUACGAUACCGGAGUGUUCGCCCAAAUCACGGCCGCAUACCCCCUUCGCGGCGAAUCCAGUGGCGUGACAGCCGUACUUUACCCCCACCGGCGCAUCAAGAUCUCGUCACUGCUGCCUCCCAACGAAACCAACAAGAGUGGAACAACUGAGACCAAUGAAGACAAGACGACCGAGAAGCGAGGUGACGUCGUGGCCAGCUUUGAAGAGGUAGCACCUGAGAAUGCACCCAAGGACCACUAUGAACCCACUUCUGGCAUUAUCCGGGCAGUGACCAGUGAAAUUGUGAACGUGUGCAAGGAGAUCGCGACCUUGAAUCCCUUGUUCCGCGACCAGAUCUCGGCUUUUUAUACCGAUCAGUUCCCUGGAAACCUCAGUGAUGAACCCGCCAAGCUCGCCGACUUUGCUGCCGCAGUCUCGGCCGGUGAGCUUCACGAGAUGCAAGAAGUGCUCGAGACCAUGAACAUCGAAGAACGUCUUCCUAAAGCGCUUGUCGUUUUGAAGAAGGAAUUAAUGAAUGCCCAGCUACAGUCUAAGAUCACCAAGGAUGUGGAGGCCAAGAUCCAGAAGCGCCAGCGCGAAUACUGGCUCAUGGAACAGAUGAAGGGUAUCAAGCGAGAGCUUGGUAUUGAGUCUGACGGCAAGGAUAAGUUAGUGGAGAAGUUCAAGGAGAAGGCCGAGAAGCUUGCCAUGCCCGAGGCCGUCAAAAAGGUCUUUGAUGAGGAAAUCAACAAGCUGGCUCACUUGGAGCCCGCUGCCUCCGAGUUCAACGUUACUCGCAACUACCUGGACUGGUUGACUCAGAUUCCGUGGGGCCAGAAGAGCGUGGAGAACUUCGGCAUCAAAAACGCAGUUAGCGUCCUUGAUGAAGACCACUACGGUCUCAAGGAUGUGAAGGAUCGAAUUCUCGAGUUCAUUGCCGUUGGUAAGCUCCGUGGAACCGUGGAAGGAAAGAUCCUUUGUCUUGUUGGCCCUCCUGGUGUGGGCAAGACCAGUAUUGGCAAGUCGGUGGCUCGUGCCUUGAACCGCCAGUACUACCGCUUCUCCGUCGGUGGUCUGACUGAUGUUGCGGAGAUUAAGGGUCACCGUCGAACCUACGUCGGUGCCCUGCCUGGCCGUAUCAUUCAGGCCCUAAAGAAGUGUCAGACCGAGAACCCUCUGAUCCUGAUCGACGAGGUUGACAAGAUUGGCCGUGGCCACCAGGGCGACCCGUCUUCCGCCUUGCUGGAGCUUCUGGACCCCGAGCAGAACUCCUCGUUCCUGGACCACUACAUGGAUGUUCCCGUGGAUCUAUCCAAGGUCCUCUUUGUCUGCACGGCUAAUGUCACCGAUACUAUUCCCCGCCCCUUGCUGGAUCGUAUGGAGCUGAUCGAACUCUCCGGCUACGUGGCUGAUGAGAAGAUGGCGAUUGCCCAGCGAUACCUGGCACCCGCUGCCCGGGAGCUUACUGGCUUGAAGAACGUUGACGUGAACCUGAAUGAGGAUGCCAUCGAGGAGUUAAUCAAGUCUUACUGCCGGGAGAGUGGAGUCCGCAACCUGAAGAAACAGAUUGAGAAGGUGUACCGGAAGGCAGCAUUCAAGAUCGUUCAGGAUAUCGGCGAGGACGUUCUGUCGGAAGAAGCUGCGCUGACCGACGAGGGCAAGGCUGCCCAAGAGGAAUCCAAGGAGCAUGAGCCCUCCGACCCUGCCCAGGCCCCUAUCGAGCCCGAGAAGUCGACCACCGAGACCCCUCGAUUGGCCCUCAAGGUUCCUGAGAGCGUUCACCUCAGUAUCGGCAAAGAUACUCUGAAGGACUACGUCGGACCUCCCGUUUUCACCGCUGACCGUCUCUACGAUCGGUUCCCGCCAGGUGUCACCAUGGGUCUUGCUUGGACCAGCAUGGGUGGCGCUGCGCUCUACGUGGAGUGUAUCCUGGAGAACGCCCUCAACCACCAGUCGCGGCCGGGUCUGGAGAUCACCGGCAACCUGCAAAACGUCAUGAAGGAGUCCACGCACAUCGCCUACUCAUUUGCCAAGUCCGUUAUGGCGCGACAGUUCCCCGAGAACACGUUCUUCGAGAAGGCCAAGGUCCAUCUGCAUUGCCCCGAGGGUGCCGUUCCAAAGGAUGGACCAUCCGCCGGUAUCACCAUGGCCAGCGCCUUGCUGUCCCUGGCUCUUAACCACUCCCUCGACCCGACCAUUGCCAUGACGGGAGAGUUGACCGUCACGGGCAAGGUUCUUCGCAUCGGAGGCUUGAGAGAAAAGACUGUGGCUGCUCGUCGAGCUGGCGCGACCAAGAUCCUCUUCCCUGCGGACAACACAUCCGACUGGCUUGAGCUGCCUGAGAAUAUCAAAAAGGGCAUCGAAGGUCAUCCCGUUGGCUGGUACUCGGAAGUCUUCGACCUGUUGUUCCCCGAUCUCGACCACGACAGCGCCCGCAAGGUCUGGCAGAAGGCGCUAGCCAAGCCGAAGAAGAGCGAGGGUGAGGCUGAUGACGAGUAG